UUUGAGAACAGAAUGACAACACCCAGAAACUCAGUGAGUGGAACUUUUCCAAUAGAGUCUACCAGAGGCCCUCUUGCCAUGCAACCUUCUCAAAAAAAGAACCUCAGGAGACCAUCUUCGCUGGUGGGCCCAAUACAAAGCUUCUUCAUGAGGGAAUCGAAGGCUUUGGGGGCUGUCCAGAUCAUGAAUGGCCUCUUCCAUAUUUCCCUGGGAGGACUGCUGAUGAUUCCCACAGGGGUCUUUGCACCCAUCUGUGUGAGUGUAUGGUACCCUCUCUGGGGAGGCAUUAUGUAUAUUAUUUCAGGAUCACUCCUGGCGGCGGCAGCAGAGCAAAACUCCAGAAAGAGUUUGGUCAAAGCUAAAGUGAUAAUGAGCUCUCUGAGCCUCUUUGCUGCCAUUUCUGGAAUAAUUCUUUCAAUCAUGGACAUACUGAACAUUACAGUUUCUCAUUUCCUGAAAAUGGAGCGUCUGAUUCUUAGUAAAACCCCCAACCUGUAUGUUGACAUCUACAACUGUGAACCAUCUAAUUCCUCAGAGAAAAACUCCCCAUCUACACAGUACUGUUACAGCAUGCAGUCUGUGUUCUUGGGCAUUUUGUCAGUGAUGCUGAUUUCUGCCUUCUUCCAGAAACUUGUGACAGCUGGCAUCGUGGAAAACGACUGGAAAAGAAUGUGCUCCAGACCCAAAUCUAAUGUGGUUCUGCUGUCAGCUGGAGAAAAAAAAGAACAAACAAUUAAAAUGAAAGAAGAAAUCAUUGAGCUAAGUGGAGUAUCUUCCCAACUAAGGAACGAAGAAGAAAUUGAAAUUAUUCCAGUGCAAGAAGAAGAAGAAGAAGAAACAGAAAUAAACUUUCCUGAACCUCCCCAGGAACAGGAAUCCUUGCCAGUGGAAAAUGAGAUCACUCCUUAAACUCUUCUCUUUUAUAAGCAUUAUUGUUUAGAGAGCUUCCAAGACACAUAGUUACCCCCAUUUCUUGGUCUUCCAUAUCUAUUCUCCACGUUUCCACAGUUUAUCUUUGCAUAAAGAAGACACAACUAGCUCUCCUUCACAUUUAGAAAAUGUAGCAAUUGUAGCAGAUUGUGUUGCCCCUUACUUAGGAGUCUUACAUCAGCAGAAAUGCUGCAGAACCCAAUUCUCAUUCACCUUUUUCUUGGACAGGCAUUUUAGUAGAGGUAGUGCUGUUCCCCUAAGUCUUCCAUCAGCAACUGCAGCUUCGGGAAAAGACACAUGACUGUUCCAUCCAUCUCUGACCUCUCUGAUUCCUUCCUUAUCUACAUUUUUAGGAGAGUCUGUUUUGCACUAUUGUUUUAAGGAAAGUAGAAACAGUAAUGAAAGGGAACAAGACACCUAUUUUUCCAGGGGAGCAGACACUGUGCCGCAGUCUUCAAGAUUCUGUAUCCAUUUGGAAAGCUGUGAAAGGCAAAAACUAACCCUGUCCCUGUAUAAACAACAUAGCUUACACAUAA